UCAGAAACGCCAUAUUGAGUUGAAACUAAAUGCGGUUUUGGUCAGCCAGGGAGCUUCUAAAAGCCAGAUGAUACGUUUGCAAACAUUCUUUCACAUGCUUUCAUACUCGGAGAAAGCAGCUGUCUUGUCAUGUCAAAUGAUAACAGUCUGAGGUGUUAACGUGUAUAAGUUGUUUAGCUGUCGGGUGUACCGGGGAAAAUCUAACCUAGUACCAUAAUAUCGGUAGGUAACAGAACACGUGAGGACGCCUCAUCCGAAAGAGGUUGCCAGCUGACAGUGACAACUUGCGUCGCUGAUCACAGAACAAAGUGGAACUUCGCCUGUGGAUGGAACUCUACAGCAAGACGCGUGUCUGUUUGGAACAUAUUUAAUUGCAGAUAUUCUCGAAUGCUAAUGCACGAUCGACGUUAUGCGAGAAGUUCCGUCAACACAGCGCUUGCUAUAGGUAGCUCUGCCGUCUCAGUGAAAGCUUUACAAGAGGAGCUUUCGCCUAAAGUAGACGCAUAGCAAGCUAGUUAUCAUUGAAGUACAACAUCCCAAACGAGUGUAGCUAGCCAAAGCUAUGGCAAUUGUUUUUACGCGGGUCUGUGGGAGGUUAAAUUGAACUCGGUCAUCGAACAAUAUCGCCCAUGUAACACUAUAGCUUUACACAUUACACCACUUGGCGUAUCUCGGUAAUAACGUAACUAGCGUGUUAGUUGGCCAAGUUUGACGGCUCGUUCUUUCAACAUUGUUCACUGACUGAUGAAUGGAUUGAGUUAACGUCCAGGCUUCCUGUCCGCGAUCGGUGUUUCCACGAGUCGAGUCAACAAGUCGGUAGCUAGCUCGCUUCAGUAAUCUUGUGACAUUGAAUCUAACGUUACGCACACAACUGCCACCCUUAGUAAACCACGUUUGGAUAUAUUGCACGUUUGGACUCGAAUUCCCUGGACAUAUACUGUUCUAGCUCUUGCUGGUUGCCGCGACAUAGCUGGCAUCGGGGAUAUUUUCUGAGGACUCGGGCAAGCUACAGUACUUCAACUGCCAACUGGAGGCUGUCAGUGUCAAUAACACACUGCACUGACCAUGUUGACAUACUAGGAUAGCAGUCCAGUAGCGAUGUUUGUGUUUUUGUCCAGACAUUCACAAAACUCGGCGGAGGAGCAACAUUUGUAGCUUUGUGAUUUCCUCGAAAUCAAAGGAUUACAUUUGGAUGGAAAAUGGUAGCUGCUACCAAGCUGGCGUUCGCCGUUUUCCUCGUCUCGUGUUCCUCAGGCGCCAUCCUGGGACGCUCUGAGACCCAGGAGUGCGUCUACUUCAACUCCAGCUGGGAGAAGGAGAGGACCAACCGCAGCGGCAUAGAGCCAUGCUACGGUGAGAAGGACAAGAGGCUCCACUGCUUCGCCACCUGGAAGAACGUCUCUGGCUCGGUGGAGAUCGUCAAGCAGGGCUGCUGGCUGGAUGACGUCAACUGCUACGACAGCAGCGAGUGUGUGGAGAGGAAAGGCAACCCGGAUGUGUUUUUCUGCUGCUGUGAAGGGAGCAUGUGCAAUGAGAAGUUCCUCUACAGCCCCGACACUCAGACGGUGCAGACAACCUCCAACCCGUUUACCCAGAAGCCUCAGCUGUUUAACACCCUCCUCUACUCUUUGGUGCCCAUCAUGGCGAUCACAGCCAUCAUCCUUCUCUCCUUCUGGAUGUACCGCCAUCACAAGCUGGCAUACCCACCUGUCCUGGUGCCCACCCAGGACCCAGGGACCACCCCGCCUUCCCCCGUCCUGGGACAGAAGCCCCUGCAGCUGAUCGAGAUCAAAGCCAGGGGGCGCUUCGGCUGCGUGUGGAAGGCCCAGCUCCUCAACGACUACGUGGCCGUCAAGAUCUUCCCCAUUCAGGACAAGCUGUCGUGGCAGAACGAGUACGAGAUCUACACCCUGAGCGGCAUGAAACAGGAGAACCUGCUGCACUUCAUCGGCGUGGAGAAGAGGGGCAGCCACGUGGACAUGGAGCUGUGGCUCAUCACGGCCUACCAUGACAAGGGCUCGCUGACUGAUUAUUUGAAGGCCAACGUGGUGUCCUGGAACGAGCUGUGCCACAUCGCCCAGACCUUGGCGCGGGGCCUGGCCUAUCUCCACGAGGACAUCCCCGGUCUGAAGGACGGACACAAGCCAGCCAUAGCGCACAGGGACAUGAAGAGCAAGAACGUGCUGCUGAAGACCAACCUGACGGCCUGCAUAGCAGACUUUGGCCUGGCCCUCAAGUUUGAGGCGGGGAAAUCUGCCGGAGACACCCACGGACAGGUGGGGACGAGGCGCUACAUGGCUCCUGAGGUGCUGGAGGGGGCCAUCAACUUCCAGAGGGACUCCUUCCUCAGGAUAGACAUGUACGCCAUGGGCCUGGUGCUCUGGGAGCUGGCUGCACGCUGCACGGCCGCAGACGGCCCGGUGGAUGAGUACAUGCUGCCCUUCGAGGAGGAGGUGGGGCAGCACCCGUCCCUGGAGGACAUGCAGGAGGUGGUGGUCCACAAGAAGCUGCGGCCCGUCCUCCGAGAGUGCUGGCAGAAACACGCGGGCCUGUCUUUGCUGUGUGAGACCAUCGAGGAGUGCUGGGAUCACGAGGCGGAGGCGCGCCUCUCGGCCGGCUGCGUGGAGGAGCGCGUCAUCCAGGUGCAGCGGCAGACCAACAUCAUCGCCCCGGAGGAGAUCGUCACGGUGGUCACCAUGGUCACCAACGUGGACCUCCCGCCCAAAGAGUCCAGCUUAUGAUUGGCUGGAUCAGACACUCUCUCCCCACUCCCUCCUCCUCCUCCCGCUAAAAAGAAAGACGGAAAAAAACGGACGUGACUCUGGCUAACCCUGGUUGGUAAGCCACCACCAGCCUCAGACUGGCGUGACGUGGCGUGGUGGGUGUGUUUUAGUGCGGGCCACUACUCUCAUUCAGGAAGACCUGGGCCCUCCCGCACUCGUUUCUAUUGACAUUAUAGUAACAUGCGUCUGGAUAUCCACUGUUGGACUCUUCUGAGAGCCACCCUGAGGAGACUCCAAGCCAGGUCCCUCAACAGACACACAGCAGCUGUGCUGGGCAAAAGGAUGUGGUCAUUCAAAUCAAUCUUUUGUCAGGUAUUUUUCUUCAUAUUUAUAUUAUAUAUGUAUAUAUCUAUAUAUACU